ACCUGAAUAAAUAAGUGCUUUAAUUUUUACAAUUACUGAAAGUUUUCGAGCUGUGAAGUGCAAUUACAUUCCUGGUACAGGAUGGGUCUGUGUAAAUGUCCGAAGAGAAAAGUUACAAACCUGUUCUGCUUUGAGCAUCGAGUCAACGUGUGUGAACACUGUCUGGUGUCCAACCACAGCAAGUGUAUCGUGCAGUCUUACCUGCAGUGGCUCCAGGACAGCGAUUACAACCCCAACUGCACCUUGUGUAGUCAGCCACUAGAAUCCCAGGAGACUGUGAGACUGGUGUGCUAUGACGUGUUUCACUGGUCCUGUCUGAAUGAGCUGGCUUCACGCCUGCCCCUGUACACGGCACCAGCCGGUUACCAGUGUCCGACCUGCCAGGGGCCUGUUUUCCCCCCCGCCAACCUCGCCAGUCCCGUGGCCGACGUGCUGAAAACUCAACUCUCCGCAGUGAACUGGGCACGAGCAGGACUGGGUCUUCCACUGGUUGAAGACCAUCAUGAGGUCGAGGAGAGCUCGUCACAUGACGUCACUGAUUAUACAGACUGGACCUUUGACAACCCUUCUGUGGAGUCAGUUUCUGCCUCGUCACUCUCGUAUGCACCUGAGCCAGCGGUCACUCCAGCCCCCUGCCAUCAGGACCCUGGGCACGGGCACGGGCACGCCGCGCACAAUAAUGGCAGACUGGGCGUUCAGGAGCAUUCUGUCAUCAACAUGAUCACUGCACCUGAUACCAUCACAAUCAGUAAAGCCUCUUCGCCGAGGAAGGUGUACGACACGAGAGAAUCCGGCCACGAAUCAGUGACCCAAAUCGACUUCGAUGAUGAUAAGUACAGACGACGGCCAGCUCUCAGCUGGUUCGCACAGAUCUUAAAGAACCGUUUAGGACCCAAGAGAAAGUCUCUCACACUGAAGCAGAGGGUCCUCAUGCUCCUGGUGCUCGGAAUGAUCGGCUUCUUCACCCUCAUCAUCAUCAUGGCCAAACUGGGCCGGGCUUCAGCCGACGAAGACCCCAACCUGAACCCCAUGCUGAACCCCAAUAUCAGGGUGGGCCACAUGUGAGCAAAAUACAGUUUGAGCGCUGAGUGACGUUUGAGUGUUGGGACCUGCAAACACACCUCCUCUGGGGUAAAAUGGUCAUUUUGAUUACCCAGUGCUUUCCUGCAUGGAGUGAAGUGAAGAGAGGGGAGGAAAUGUCCCCCCUGUGGGUUUCGCUCCCAGCAAAGAAUAUUCUCCUGAGUUGGUCUAGAAUUGGCAUCCAGAAUGUUCUCAAUGCUAGACUCUGAUUCUUCACAAUGCAUUCAUCUAUAGCUGAAUGCAGUAAGUGGGUGUCCAAGUAUUUAUGGUGGUAGGGAGGUGAAGUUUUCACAGCAGUAUGGCUUAUACAUCACCAUACUGUAAAAGUAAACUUGCAAUUGCAUUGAAUACAAUACUAAAGCUCCAGACGACUUAAUGGCCAAAAGUAUGUGGACACCACUCUUAAUUAUUGAGCUUAGACAUUUCACCCACACCUAUUGCCAACAGGUAUAAAAUACUUUAUCCUGGGAAUCAAUGGGCGCAGGGCAUGAACACACCCUGGACAGGGCUCCAGCCAACCCCUCACAUAGCCAAACGUGUCUGUGUAGACACCCAGACUUGAAUCUUGCCACUGCGCCACCUGAGCGCCUUAAGAGAUAGUAUGCUUAGACAUUUGUGAUCAUUUGUGACCAAGGGGACAGUGGUUGCCUAGUGGGUUGAGCUUUGGGCUAUCAAUUGAAAGGUUGAGAGUUCAAAUCUCUA